GGAAAAUGGCCGCUAGUACGUCUGUGGUGGCGGUGGCCCCGGUGGCUCCGGCCGCAGUGCCUGUUCUGUCCACAAACGCCGAUUUUUCAGACUUGCGGGAAAUUAAAAAACAGCUGCUGCUCAUCGCAGGCCUGACGCGGGAGCGGGGCCUACUGCACAGCAGCAAGUGGUCCGCCGAGCUGGCCUUCUCGCUCCCGGCCUUGGCGCUGGCCGAUCUGCAGCCGCCGCCGCCGCUCACCGAGGAGGAUGCCCAGGACAUGGAUGCCUACACCUUGGCCAAGGCCUACUUUGAUGUUAAAGAGUAUGAUCGGGCAGCACAUUUCCUGCAUGGCUGCAAUAGCAAGAAAGCCUACUUCUUGUACAUGUACUCCAGAUACCUGUCUGGAGAAAAAAAGAAGGAUGAUGAAACAGUUGAUAGCCUAGGCCCCUUGGAGAAAGGACAAGUGAAAAAUGAGGCUCUUCGAGAACUGAGAGUGGAGCUUAGCAAAAAACACCAAGCUCGGGAACUUGAUGGAUUUGGCCUUUAUCUGUAUGGUGUGGUGCUUAGAAAACUGGACUUGGUGAAAGAGGCCAUUGAUGUGUUUGUGGAGGCUACCCAUGUUUUACCUUUGCACUGGGGAGCAUGGUUAGAACUUUGUAACCUGAUCACAGACAAAGAGAUGUUGAAGUUCCUGUCUUUGCCAGACACAUGGAUGAAAGAGUUUUUCCUGGCUCACAUAUACACAGAGUUACAGUUGAUAGAGGAGGCCUUGCAGAAGUAUCAGAAUCUCAUUGAUGUGGGCUUUUCUAAGAGCUCAUAUAUUGUUUCCCAAAUUGCAGUUGCCUAUCAUAAUAUCAGAGAUAUCGACAAAGCCCUCUCCAUUUUUAAUGAACUAAGGAAGCAAGACCCUUACAGGAUUGAAAAUAUGGACACGUUUUCCAACCUGCUUUAUGUCAGAAGCAUGAAAUCUGAAUUGAGUUAUUUGGCUCAUAACCUCUGUGAAAUUGAUAAAUAUCGUGUAGAAACAUGCUGUGUAAUUGGCAAUUAUUAUAGUUUACGUUCCCAGCAUGAAAAAGCAGCCUUAUAUUUCCAGAGAGCCCUGAAGUUAAAUCCUCGGUAUCUUGGGGCCUGGACACUAAUGGGACAUGAGUACAUGGAAAUGAAAAAUACCUCUGCCGCCAUCCAGGCUUACAGACAUGCCAUUGAGGUCAACAAGCGAGACUACAGAGCUUGGUAUGGUCUUGGACAGACCUAUGAAAUACUUAAGAUGCCAUUUUACUGCCUCUAUUACUACAGACGGGCCCACCAGCUUCGGCCCAAUGACUCUCGUAUGCUGGUUGCUUUAGGAGAAUGUUAUGAGAAACUCAAUCAACUCGUAGAAGCCAAAAAGUGUUAUUGGAGAGCUUAUGCUGUGGGAGAUGUGGAGAAGAUGGCUCUGGUAAAACUGGCAAAGCUUCAUGAACAGUUGACUGAGUCAGAACAAGCUGCGCAGUGCUACAUCAAGUAUAUUCAAGAUAUCUAUUCCUGUGGGGAAAUAGUGGAGCACUUGGAGGAAAGCACUGCUUUCCGCUAUCUGGCCCAGUACUAUUUUAAGUGCAAGCUGUGGGAUGAAGCUUCAACUUGCGCCCAGAAGUGUUGUGCAUUCAAUGACACCCGGGAAGAAGGUAAGGCCUUGCUGCGGCAGAUCCUACAGCUCCGGAACCAAGGCGAGACUUCCAGCAGUGAGACGUCAGCUCCCUUUUUCCUUCCUGCCUCACUCUCUGCCAACAACACUCCUACACGCAGAGUUUCUCCACUCAACUUGUCUUCUGUCACACCAUAAUCGGCUACUUCAAGCAAGUACAUUGCUAGAUCCAUAGCAAGCCUUCCAUCCAUGUCGUUCAUCCAAGGACCUCACUGUCAUUCCUGCAGACGGAAACCAACCACUCCUUGGGCAUAGCACAUAUGAAUGACCACCUCCAGAGGCUGACUGACAGAUGAGUAUCGGGAGGUACAGACAUUGUCUUUUGCUAAUUAGUAGCACAUCUGUUUCCCUUCUGCUCAGAGUGACUAUAGAUCUUGGUCUUCUUCCCAGAGCUAUUUUUAUUCCCUAAAGAGUAGCCCUUCUACAGCACUUUAGCAAGGCAAUGCUGCAGAAACAAAGUGUUAAUGCUUCUGGAGUGGAAGAGUCCAAGAGGGAAGGAAAAGUCGGCUGCUCCACCUUCUGUUAGCAGUCAUGGUACUUAGUACCCUGGGAGGAGAUCAGGGCACCGGAUAGAACUAACCUCGUUCUUGGAUUUGCUGAGCAUGAUCCAUGUUCCGAUGUCAGAGAUGAGGUUUAAAUGGAGUGGAGCUAUUCAUUUGUCCUUUUUCAAGGGAAGGCAUUCCUCGAAAACUGUUUCAAGAUGGAGUCUUCUAAAAGCUUUCAAAUUGGAAGUUACUAGAGUUGAAUAAAAAAGGACAAAAGAAUCCGAGUAUGGAACUGCUCAUGGCCCUUAACUGAGGGCAGAAGUUGGCGAUAGCAUUAGCUAUAACCCUACCAAAGCAAAGCAAGGAGACAGUGUUUUUCACAGACAUUUGAAAAUAACUUUUGUUACUUUAAUGACCAGAAUAAACUCACUUCAAGCUGGCCUGUUUUAAUAAUCUUUUUAUGUAAGUGUCUGCCUUUUCCCUCCUAUCUCCAGUGGCCUUUAUCUGGAUGAGGCAAAGGGAAUCAUUCUUGUGGUGCUCUCAGAGGGUGGUAGCCCUGUGCAUAUUUCACUCUAACGCCCACUGUAAUGAACUGGUGCAGAAGAUGCUGUGGACCAUUCUGAGCUCAGGGUCCAGCCUUUCUGUUUCCAGAACAUCAUUUAAUAUUACCUAUUCACCUCCCAAUAUAUGACAUUUCAUUUUUAUUUACUAAGUCUUAGGUUAGUUGUAUGUUAAUUACUUAUCUCCACUGCCAUUCCUGGGUCAAGUUCCCAGGUGUUUGUUUGAUUCUGUUGUUAUACCUAUUUUAUAAUGUUUUGAUUAUUUUUCCUAAAUUUGGAAUUCAAAUAAAAAUAUGAAUAAUA